AUGUCAGACUACGACCCAGUAAAGGACCAAGGUCUGACCUGUCCCUAUGGCGGAAUCUUGUACAUCUGCGCCGACGAUCCAGAUCGCUUCAUCGGCUGUUGCACCAUCAACCCCUGCGGCGCCAGAAAAGGUCUCUGUCCUGAUCAAAACCUCAGAUCCGCAAGCUUCAACGCGACUCUUCAGCAUGAGUUCCUCCCUCAGGCAUGUAUCAACGACAACGUCGAUGUCAGUUGGUACACCUGCGCUGGAAACGCUCUCCCGUUUCUAGGAUGCUGUGCCGUGGAUCCUUGUCUCCGUGGUGUUUGCCCUCAGGGAGAUUUGAGAGCUGCUAAGCUGAGCGAUAAGGCCAAGAAUGCACAGGUAUUCCUUGACGGAGGCCCUGAGUAUAUGCCACGACCUACGUCUUCUGUCUUGGAUCCAGGACUAGGUAUCUCUUCAACCAGCCUGUGUGCUAGCCCAACCACUGCAAUGAUGACCAUGAUCUCCAGCUUCAUCAAUUCUUUCGCUACGGAAACAACCAUUGCAACAAUCACCUCCGCCAGGACAACUUUGCCAUCGGAGGCUCCAGAUGCACCUCCCGCGGGGCCCAAAGAGCACGGCUCGAACCGAAGACUUACCUGGCUGUUGAUGUUGCUUUUCGCCGCAGUUUUUCUAGUUCUAUACCUUGCGCACCAUUUCUGGGGACACCCAUGCUGUCCAGAGUGCGGAGACAAACCGUCCAAAGUAAAACUCGAACAGAGGCAUGAACAGGAACACCGAUACGAGCAACAACAACAGGAAUACGAACACAACCCGAACAUGCCUCCGUACCCAGAUACCGAUGAGACCCGAACAAGUGAUGAUUUCCGGAAUAUGAGGGAACUUUCAAGCAGGAAUAGCUCCCGAACAGUCCACGAACAUUCACAGAACAUGCAAGGGUAA